UGUAUUGUGAACCGCACGCGAAUGCGAUCCUUUUCGCGUUUCUUCCUCUCCUCGCCUGUCCUCUCUUCUCCUACAGGAAAAGAGCAUCGGAAAUGGCGGCGGCCCUCGCUCGUCUGUCACGAAGAACUCUAGCCGAUCCAUCCCGACUCCUCCCCCUUCGCCGCCUCCUCUCCGCCGAGGCCGCCGCGCCGGCGGUGUCACCGGCUGCGGGGCCGCCGCUGACGCCGUCGGAUCGCGUGAAGUGGGACUACCGGGGGCAGCGCCGGAUCAUCCCUCUGGGGCAGUGGGUGCCCAAUAUCGCUGUCGACGCCUACGUCGCCCCGAACGUCGUCCUUGCCGGGCAGGUGACGGUCUGCGACGGCGCCUCUGUCUGGAACGGCGCCGUCCUGCGCGGCGACCUCAACAAGAUCACCGUCGGCUUCUGCGCCAACGUCCAGGAGCGCUGCGUUCUUCACGCCGCCUGGAAGUCACCCACAGGGCUUCCAGCUGAAACAUUAGUGGAGCGAUACGUUACUGUUGGUGCUUACAGUCUGCUUCGUUCAUGCACAAUCGAGCCAGAAUGUAUAAUCGGUCAGCACUCUAUUCUUAUGGAAGGAUCAUUGGUGGAGACCAAUUCCAUCCUUGAAUCUGGAUCUGUGCUCCCCCCUGGUCGUAGGAUUCCAACCGGUGAGCUAUGGGCCGGCAAUCCAGCUCGUUUUGUUCGAAAGCUUACCCACGAAGAAAUCUUAGAGAUUCCAAAACUAGCUGUGGCCAUUAAUGAUCUUAUGCAGAGCCAUUUUUCUGAAUUCCUUCCAUAUUCCACGGUUUACUUGGAGGUUGAGAAGAUGAAGAAGGCCCUAAAUAUUUCUCUUUGAAGGAAGAGCAUUUUGUUGGCACAGUUGGAGGAAAUAAGCAGCGACCACUCGAUGUGUAUUUUUGGCAUCUAAGACCAAAUGUUUUCUGUUUGUUGGUGAAUAUAUAACAAUGAACGUCUGUGUUGUUUCCUUA